AGCAUAUGACACAAAGGAGAGGGAGAGAGAGAUCAGAGCAUUAGAGAUAGGAAGAGGGAGAGGGAGGCUGCAGAUAUCGAUGGUGUUAACGAUGGAGCGUUAGGAUCCAGGGAGGUGACAGUUAGCCAGACCCACGGCUGGGGGUAAAGACAUUUGAGGAGGGGGGGACUCCUCCUCGGUGAGCUCAGGGGGAGGCGGAGGGAGGAGGAGGAGGAUGGGCCUCGAACACGGACUUGCAAUGGCACUGCAAAAAUUGGAUUAAAGCAGUAUGCUGGACAAGAGUGAGGUGGCAACUCUAGGCCUGCCCUCCACUACCAGCCAUGGAGGCUCUGACACCAACAUCAGCAUGGACGGAGCGGGGGCAGCAGCGGCGGUGGGGUCUGUGUCUGGGGGCAUGGCGGGGGGAGCGGAAGGUGCUGUGGCCGGUGAGCCGCAGCGGACACGUGCUGCUCUGGAGCAUCUGCAGCAGAAGAUCCUAAAGGUCACCGAGCAGAUUCGCGUGGAGCAGGAGGCGCGUGACGACAACGUGGCGGAGUACCUGAAGUUGGCUCACAACGCGGACAAACAGCAGGCGUCCAGAAUCAAGCAAGUGUUCGAGAAGAAGAACCAGAAAUCAGCACAGACUAUUGCGCACUUACACAAAAAACUAGAGCACUACCACAAGAAGCUGAAGGAGAUAGAGCAGAAUGGGCCGGCCCGGCAGCCGAAGGAUGUCCUGCGGGACAUGCAGCAGGGACUGAAGGACGUGGGGGCCAACGUUCGUGCUGGGAUAAGUGGAUUCGGAGGUGGAGUAGUUGAAGGGGUUAAAGGAGGAGUUUCUGCUCUCACGCACACGGCUGUUGUCUCCAAGCCACGAGAGUUUGCCAGUCUUAUAAGAAACAAGUUUGGCAGUGCUGAUAACAUUGCUCACCUAAAAGACACGCUAGAGGACGGAGUUGGGGGCCACGCUGAAGACACCCCCACGCCCCGCGCCUUGAGUGGAAGCGCCACCCUGGUCUCCAGCCCGAAGUACGGCAGCGACGACGAGUGUUCCAGCGCCACGUCCGGAUCCGGAGCGGGCAGUAAUUCUGGUGGGGCUGGUGGAGGAGGAGGAGGAGGUAUGUUAGGCCCAACAAUGGGGAGCCCCAGAUUGGAUGGGCACCACCACCACCACCAUCACAUGCAUAGUUCAUGGGACUCUUUACUUGAGGGUCUGCAGGAGAUCAAGACCAGCCAGACGCACAUGGAGGACGCCAUCGAGGACAUGAAGGGCCAGCUGCAGAGCGACUACUCUUACAUGACUCAGUGCCUGCAGGAAGAGAGAUACAGGUACGAGCGACUUGAAGAGCAGCUGAAUGACCUGACGGAGCUGCACCAGAAUGAGAUGACCAACCUGAAACAGGAGCUCGCCAGCAUGGAGGAGAAAGUUGCCUACCAGUCGUAUGAGAGGGCGAGAGACAUUCAGGAGGCAGUCGAGUCAUGCCUGACCCGCAUCACCAAGUUGGAGCUGCAGCAGCAGCAGCAGCAGGUUGUCCAGUUAGAAGGAGUGGAGAAUGCCAACGCUCGAGCUCUGCUGGGGAAGCUCAUCAACGUCAUCCUGGCGCUCAUGGCCGUGCUGCUGGUCUUCGUCUCCACUCUGGCCAACUUCAUCACCCCUCUGAUGAAGACCCGGGCCCGCGUAGCCGCCACCGUCCUGCUGACAAUGCUGCUGUUCGUGCUGUGGAAGCAGUGGGACUUUGUGGAGCUGUGGCUGCUGCCCAGCUAAGCUUCCUGAAAGACACUCUAUAGGAGGAGGAGGAGAAGGAGGAGGAGGGGACCAGAGAAGCUGAUUCCAGCUCAGUUCGCCAUCACUGAAGGGACCCAGAGACUGAAGUGAAAUGAAAGCCACUGCGGCCAGUUCCCUUUGAGUUUGAAGGCGGAGUGGGAGAGAACAAAGCACGGCACUUUUUAGUCGAGACCCGGCCUACAGGGAGCGCCGAGAGGUGUUUACAGAGCAAAAACAAGUGAAAUUCUCUGCUUGCCAAGUGACAAAAGACUUCCUUUCCUCUCACCCACAUGUACCGGCACUGAUGACCAACCGUCGAUCGCAUCGCUGUCACCAAAAACUGAGUUUCUUGCAAGAAAUCUUUGGCCUUUUUCUAAUGAUUUAUGAUACAUUCAUUACAAAGACAGGAGCAAAAAUAAAAUGCCCGAUCAUGUUUGCUGUAAUCUUCAUGUUGAAGCUAAUGCGUAUUUGAGAGGAACAAGGCUUUUUUUUUCUUUUCUCCAUGAAUGUUAUGUGCUCAUGCAUGUCCUCAUAUGUGCACUGAGAUGCAUCUAGCUGGCAUGAGUUAACAUGUCAUUACUGACAGACUGAAUCUUCUAUAACUGCCAUUUUGGUGUCAGAAUUGCAGCGCGGAUCUGUCGUAUCUCCACUCGGUGUCAUUCCCGGUUUGUUUCACAUUCUUCUCUGGUGUUGAAGCAGUGCUUUUUCUUCCGUUUUCCUUUUUUUUUUCUCUCUUGCAAAUGAAUGAAUAGUUAAAAAAAAUCUGCUACAAUUCACCAUACUGACUCAACAGUGUAAAAAUCUGCUCUGUCCACAAAUGCAUUUUCAUAUUAUAUCUAUUGUAGAACUGCUACUAUCCACAGUGUCAACUUAACUGGCAUGUUCAAAGUUUAUAUCCAGUUUGCAAAAAAAAGAAAGAAUUAUUGCUGUUUUAUUAAACAAUGUAAGAAAUAAAUGAUUUCAUAUAUUAGGCUGA